UUAGUUUUUCUUAUAUUUUCUAAAACUUUAUUCCUCCUAAAACUUAUACUAAAAUGUUUGCUAAAGUAUUGUGUGUACUGUCAGUGAUAUCUGUGAUCAGUUGCACGUAUUCUGACGGCGGAUAUUCCAAUUCAUUCAGAGAACAGGACGGUCAUGGGAAUUAUAAAUUUGGUUAUAAUAUAAAAGACAAAUACGGCGGUGAAAAUUCACGGGAGGAGAAGGGAGACAAUUACGGCAAUGUCUACGGCUCUUAUAGUUUAAGCGAUGGUCACGGAGGCAAACGGGUUGUCCACUAUAAGGCUGAUAAGACUGGAUUCAGAGCACAGGUACAGACCAAUGAAAUGGGAACCACUAAUGAUGACUCGGCCGAUGCCAUCUAUAACGGAGUCGAUGACCAUAACACACAUUAUGGCAAUAAUUAUCAAAACAAUCACCAGAAUUAUGACAAUCAUAACAAUUAUAAUACAAAUCAUAACAAUUAUGACAAUCAUAUCGGUUAUGACAACCAAAAAGGUUAUGAUGAUAACAAUAACGAACAGUAUUAUGACUAA